CUCCAAGGAUAGAUAUAUCGUCUACUGAUCCCCAACUUCCCCAAACUUGACCGGCAAAUCGGCACCAUCACCACAGCCGCACCAUUGACAAUAUGACAGACGUUUACGAUGUUGACGCCAUGCGAGAGAAGCUCGCUGGGCCAUCUGGUAUUACAGGUCUCAUCAGAAACCGCCGAUUAUUCGGGAUUUCCAUGUUGACUGCCCUUGGUGGUCUCUGUUACGGUUACGAGCAGGGUUCUUAUGGUCAGGUCCAGGUUAUGCCGUCAUUCACUCGGAUCCCAGCAUUCGAGCGCAUCGUAACCGAUGCCUCUUUCAAGGGCUGGACCGUUGCCGUGCUCGGUCUUGGAGGAUGGGUAGGAGCCCUCAUCAACGGUUACUGCUGCGACCGUUUCUCCCGACGUUGGUCGAUCUUUGGCGGUGCUAUUGUGUGCAUCGUUGGAACUAUUCUUACCGCCGCUGCUGUCAACUCGGCCAUGAUUUUCGUUGGCCGUUUUGCGAUCGGUUUAGCUGUAGGAUCUCUCAGUACCGCUGUGCCUACUUACAAUUCGGAAAUAAGUUCAGCCGAAGUCCGUGGUGCAAUGGUCGGCACUUGGCAGCUCUCCGUGACCAUAGGCAUCCUGUUUUCCUACUGGAUCGGUUUCGGAACCAACUACAUCUCAAACACCAACACCGUCGCAUGGCGACUUCCUCUCGCCCUCCAAGCAGUCCCGGCAAUCGGCCUCGCCAUCGGAGCCUUCUUUAUUCCAUAUAGUCCCCGAUGGCUCCUGAAGCAAGGACGCGAUGAGGAAGCCCUUCGCACCCUUGCCUACAUCAGGGACAUGGACGCAGACAGCGAACUGGUCCGGCUUGAGUAUCUGGAAAUCAAGGCCGAUGCGAUCUUCGAGCGUGAAACGGCUGCCGAAAAGUUCCCCACUCUGCUCAACCGCCCUUUCGCUUUGCAAUUCGCCCAGAUCGGCUCGUUGUUCACGACCUGGCCAAUGUUCAGGCGUACCGCCAUCGCUUGUCUCAUGAUGUUCUUCCAGCAGAUGAGCGGUAUUGACGCCAUCAUAUUCUACGCUCCGACAAUAUUUGCCUCCUUGGGUAUCGGAUCCACCGCCAUCUCCCUCCUCGCUUCAGGUGUCGUCGGUAUCAUGGGUGUCCUCUCCACCUUCCCGGCUCUCGUCAUCAUGGACCGAGUUGGUAGACGACCCCUGAUCAUCGUCGGAGGUCUCGGCAUGAGCUUCUGCUUGAUCAUCGUUGCUGCACUUACUGCCACAUUCCAGAACUCAUGGUCCACCCAUGCCGGUGCCGCAUGGACCUCGGCUGUCUUCAUCUGGAUUUACUGCUUCAAUUUUGGUUACUCCUGGGGCCCCGUCUCCUGGACUGUGAUUGCUGAAGUCAUGCCCAUGUCUGCGCGAGCUCCCGGUACCGCCCUCGCCGCUUCGGCCAACUGGAUGCUCAACUUCUGUGUAUCCCUCAUGGUCCCGCCUAUGCUCGAGAAUAUCACAUAUGGCACAUACCUUUUCUUCCUCGCAUUCAUGCUUCUUGGUGUCGCAUACGCCAUAUGGAUCCUUCCCGAGACGCGCAACGUCGGUCUCGAAGCCAUGGACAAGGUAUUCAAGUCCAACGACGCCACUCGAGACGCCGCGAAGAUGCAUGCCAUCAUGGAGCGACUCCGAGAGGAGCACGGCCAGUACGACCAGCCUGGAGCCCCGAGAGAGAUUCAUGAGGACAAGUUGGAGGUGCAGUAUCUCGAAAGUGUGUAA